AGCAGCUCGGUGCCGCCCCCGUGUCGUCUUUCCUACCGUCACUUCCGGCGCUCCAGAGCGGCGCGGUGUUACUGCCUGAGCUGUGCAGCUGCCGGAGGGGCGGUAAUAAAAAUGUCAGCACCAUCAAUGGAGGAAAGGAAAGCUUGCUGGGGAGCCAGGGAUGAAUACUGGAAAUGCUUAGAUGAAAAUACAGAAGAUGCAGCUAGGUGUCAGAAGCUUAGAUGUUCUUUUGAGUCUAGGUGCCCUCAGCAAUGGGUAAAAUACUUUGACAAAAGAAGAGACUUUUUAAAAUAUAAAGAACAGCUUCAAGCAGGAGAAUAUCAGCCUUCGGGUACUACUGAAAAGUCAUAGCUGUGCAUCAACUUAUGAACGAAUAAUCUUAUGGAAAAGAAGGACUGAAAUGUGAAAAAAGUUCCUUGAGUCAAAAAUAACUAGUAACUUACACUGUAUGUCUAGAAAUUCAUGCUGCUUUUCUUGUUGAAAUGCCUCAUUUUUAUGUGAGAACAGUAAUUAAAUGAAAAAGUGAGUGUAAGAAUGACUGUAAGAAUGUAUCAAAGAAAGAUGGUAUUUUUCAUGAUUGUGUAACUAGGAUGCAAAACAGGGCUACCCAGAAAUCAAUGCACUGAAUUAUAAGUUUAUAUUAUAGGGAGACUAUUAAACUGUUUUCAGAUUAGUUUUUCUAUGCAAAUGAACUAUUCUAAAAAGCUCCUCCCUUCUCCCUCCCUCUGAGGAUAUGUCAGUAUAAGUGAGCAGAUAAAAAUUGUCAGUAACUUUUGUCUGCUGUCUUACAGUAUGGUUAGGCUUUAAAUGAAGAUCAAAAGAUUUAAAUCACUGCAGCCCAUUUCUAACGUAGCUGGUCUUCAUUUAGGUAUGUUUUUAAACAUCUGCACAAUUCUAGUUGAGAUUCCUAUGCCACUAAUGUAGGCACACAGUUUCUCAAUCAUUAGUAUGUGUCUGAUGUGAAAAAAUACAAUGAUACGGGUGUGUGUUUACGUCCCCAGUUGUAUAAUUUGAUGGCACUGAUAUAAACUCCUCCUGUUUUAUUCACAAUGGAUUUGCUUCUGUAAAGGUCUGUUUUAUCAUUAAUGAGAUAAUCCUGAGGCAAAUUAGCACCUGUUUUAAUAUUGGCAUUUUCCAAAUUGUCAGUGAAAAAUGCUUAAAGUGCUUUGUAGUAAGACAGGGACCUACAGUUAAACAGAUAAGCUACUAAGCAUAGAGUUUACUAGGAACAGCAAACAUUGCUUAGGUUUUUAAAAGGUUAAUAUUUAUAGACAUGGUUUAUCCCAUAUUCCUAAAUCACUCCUUUUCUUGAUGCAAAAGACCAUAACAUCCUCUAGCAACCUACCAAAAUUUCAGUUUACUUCUAAACAUGUGAUCAGUUCAAAGUCUGCAGUACAUUGAAAAUUUAGGGAGACUAAAAAAAUUUGAAUUUAAUAUGAAUAAGA